CAACAAGUAUUGCUGAAAGUAUUGGUGCAACAGAAGUAUUUGAAAAUUUAUUAGUUAGAUCUGCCUCAAGUAUGAGUACAGAAUCUAAUAUUAAGAGGAAAAAAACAGAAAUUAAAGUUAGUAAGGAAAUAGUUGCAGUUAAAAAAAGAAGAACAGAAGUUGAAUAUAAUGAAGAAAUAUUUGAAAUUGAUAAUAAAAUUGAAGAUUAUGAAAGAAAACAAAAAAGAUUUACAGAAAAAAAUGAAUUAACUGCAGAUGAAUAUCGAGUAAUCAUUACCAAAGCAUUAAUAGAUAUUAAAAAAUAUUUAUCAUAUUAUGAAAAACAUUUAAUUGAUUACUCAUUUCCUGUACCUGAUUAUAGUUUGGUAAAAGAUGCUAAAGAAUAUAGUAUAUGGGAUCAGGAAGUUGAUUUUGAUUCAAAUGAAAUCAAUCAUACAUUACAAAAAGAAUAUCUUUUGAAUAUUGAUCAAAAAUUAAUUUAUAAUACUAUUAUUAAA